CAAUUCCAAGAGGUGAAUCAGAUCCAUUUCGAUUCUUGCAAAACUGGAUCGGACCGAACUCGAUCGUGCCGCUGUUAGCCCGAUUCCAUGGGCAUCGAAGAGGGCGGCGGCGGAGCAUCGGUGGCCAUCCCGUCGGGUUGUGGCUCUCUGCACCGAGCGCUGUUGGAGUGCCACCGGCGCGCCGGCGACCCGCGCCAGCGCUCGGUGCUGUGCCGUCACCUGAAUCGCUCGCUGGCCGAAUGCGUGGUGGCCGAAUGCUGUCCCGAGGAGUCCGAGGCGGUGCGAAGCCUCUGCUCCAGUGCCGGAACCGCCCUCAAGCGAUCGCAGUGCCAACGCGCGCAGCUCGCCCUCUCUGUCUGCCUCUCGUCGCACCAGUUGCCCGAUUCGUAGCGGUGUCGGUCUCAAUUUUCGGAAUCCUGACCUCAUCUAUAGUGAAUUCCUUACUCUGGUCUCGGUAAGAAGCAUACUCCUUAUCCGUGUAGAAAGAAUCCUGAUGAUGGAUCCAAGCAAUAAUCCUAGGUUUUCCAUUCGAUAAACAACAUAUAGUAUUUGGGCGAAGACCCACUCGUACCUUCAAACAGAGAAUAAGCGCUUAGGGUUUUCAAUUUUUUUUUUUUAAUCUCUGGUUUAUUUUGAUUGUCGGGUGAUUUUUUUUAUGGAAGAAAAUGCUUCUUUUUGCACAAAAAUUUCAGCCGGAAUUUGGAGGCUGAUAUUUUUUGAAUUGCUCACUGUACAAUUUCUGUAAACUUGUCCAAUGUUCUUGAUAUUAUAUGCAUUAUAUAUUCAGCCUUGCUAGUCCUUAACUGUUGGUUUUUGUUAUGGAUUAUGGCUGACUUUUCAAUGUUUUACAAGUCGUUUCUUUGAUGAUAUAAAAAAAAAAUGAAACAUUGACAAAUAUAACUCAGUACUUUGAUCUUUAUGGG